AUGGAAACUGUUGUGAUUGUCGCCAUUGGUGUGCUAGCCACCAUUUUUUUGGCCUCAUUCGUGGCCUUGGUUGUAGUUUGCAGACAACGCUACUGUCGGCCCCGAGACCUGCUGCAGCAUUAUGACUCCAAACCAAUUGUGGACCUAAUUGGUGCAAUGGAGACUCAAUCAGAACCUUCGGAGUUAGAACUGGACGACGUUGUCAUCACCAACCCCCACAUUGAGGCCAUUCUAGAGAAUGAAGACUGGAUUGAGGAUGCUUCGGGUCUCGUAUCUCAUUGCAUUGCUAUUCUGAAGAUCUGCCAUACUCUGACAGAAAAACUUGUUGCCAUGACAAUGGGCUCAGGGGCAAAGAUGAAGACUUCUGCCAGUGUCAGUGACAUCAUUGUAGUGGCCAAGAGGAUCAGUCCCAGAGUGGAUGAUGUUGUGAGAUCAAUGUAUCCUCCGCUGGACCCUAAGUUGCUGGAUGCCCGCACAACUGCCCUCCUUCUGUCUGUCAGUCACCUGGUGCUGGUGACCAGGAAUGCCUGCCACCUGACUGGGGGUCUGGAUUGGAUUGACCAGUCACUCUCAGCAGCUGAGGAGCAUAUGGAAGUUCUCCGGGAAGCAGCUUUGGCUUCUGAGCCAGAGAGGGGUAUCCUGGGUGCUGAGGGCUUUCUACAGGAGCAGUCUGCCAUCUAG